AUGGAAAUCCUUUCUGCUGUUGGUGGGAUCACGUCUUUGAGCACAGAUGCCAUUGUGGGAAUUUCAGUCGCGAUCCUGAUCGGUCUAUUUUGUGCUCAACGAUUUGGUACAAACAAAGUGAGCUACUUGUUCGCUCCGAUUAUCGUCUUGUGGUUUUUAGUCAUUGCUGUGAUCGGAGUCUAUGACCUUUUGAAGCACGAUGUGGGUGUGCUACGUGCUUUUAAUCCGAAGUACAUAGUAGAUUACUUCAAAAGAGAUGGCAAGAAAGCAUGGACAUCUCUUGGUGGAGUUUUUCUGUGUAUUACAGGGACAGAAGCCAUGUUUGCCGAUCUUGGGCACUUUAGUGUCCGUGCAAUUCAAAUUAGCUUCUCUGGAGUAGUGUUUCCAGCAUUACUAGCUUCGUAUUGCGGACAAGCUGCCUACCUUGUCAAAUUCCCAGAAAAUGUGGGUAAUUCUUUCUACGCCUCCAUCCCAGGUCGAGUGUAUUGGCCAACAUUUGUUGUAGCCGUUGCUGCUGCCAUUAUCGCGAGCCAAGCAUUGAUAUCGGGAGCGUUUUCAACUAUCUCCCAGUCCUUGAUUCUAGGUUGCUUCCCCAAGGUCAAAGUUAUCCAUACUUCAACAAAGCAUGAGGGUCAAGUUUAUAUACCAGAGAUCAACUACUUUCUUAUGUUGGCAUGUGUUAUUAUCACUGUUAGCUUCAAGACCACUGAAAAGCUUGGAAAUGCCUAUGGGAUUGCUGUGGUUGCUGUGAUGCUCAUAACAACAUGCAUGGUGACUCUCAUCAUGCUAGUUAUAUGGGAAACGCGAAUACUGUGGAUUGCUCUCUUCUUUGUGGUGUUUAUUUCCAUAGAGGGCCUUUAUCUGUCAGCUGUCGUUUCGAAAUUCAUUGAAGGUGGUUAUCUUCCGUUGGCCAUUGCAACUGUUCUAAUGAUGAUAAUGGGGAUAUGGCAGUACGUACACAAACAAAGGUAUAUAUUUGAGCUCAAGAACAAGGUUUCCAAUGAAUUCAUUAGAGACUUGUCCCUCAACUCGGAUAUCAACCGAAUUCCAGGAAUCGGACUACUCUACUCUGAGCUUGUUCAAGGAGUUCCUCCGAUAUUCCCUCACUUCAUUGCCAACAUACCCUCUAUCCAUUCAGUUCUAGUGUUCGUCUCUUUGAAGCCCAUUCCCAUCAAUAAAGUGGCAAUGGAGGAGAGAUUUUUGUUUCGGCAUGUUGAACCAAGGGACUACCGCAUGUUCCGUUGUGUGGUCAGGUAUGGUUAUAACGAUGUAACCGAGGAACCCAAGGAGUUUGAGCAACAUUUGGUCGAUAACUUGAAAGAGUUUAUCAGGCAUGAACAAUUCAUUCAGGAAGUAGGACGGGUACCUGAACAGAUAAUUGAGCCUACAAACAUCUCCCAUUCAACUCUGUUGGGGAAUGAUGAAAAAGUAACUCGGUCCAGUUCAUCCAAGGUUCAUAUUGAGGAACCAAUACAACAACAGCAACACUCAUCCCGCAGGUCAUCAAGAGACAUCCAGUCCUUCAACGUCGUCGCAACAAGGUCACCGAAUUCUUCAAGCCGAAUCAUAUCAGGACCCAUCCAGGGAGCUGAAGAGGAGAUGCAAUUUGUGCAAAAUGCGAUGGACAAAGGUGUUGUUUAUCUACUUGGAGAAAUAGAAGUGAUAGCAGAACCGAAAUCAUCCUUCUUCAAGAGGAUUGUUGUCAACUACGCCUAUAGUUUUUUGAGGAAGAACUUUAGACAAGGAGAGCAUGUAAUGGCAAUACCACGGAGCAAACUUCUAAGGGUUGGGAUGACAUACGAGAUAUGACUUGACGUUUAACUCUUUGUUUUAAACUUUUAACAGUGUUAUGACUCGUACUUAAAUAAAUAUUUGCAAUCAAAUUAAGAAGACACUUUAUGUUUUUCUGCGCGGAAA